AUGAGCAACGGCGAGCUGUUCCGCCACGUCACAGACUCAGCAGAGCGAGAUGUCCUUCUGGGGAAUAUAAUGAAGGUCCGAGGAAUCAUCUGCAACUUUGAGCUGUUUGAUGGAAACAUGAAAUAUAUGUCUAUCGGCGCUAAAAUCCUCAAGACAAUCUUCACGCUGUCCAUGACUGACAAGGCCACCGACUGA